AUCUUAUCUAACACUAACUUUGACUCAACAGAGAUGUUCCACCUGAUGUAAUUACAUUCUCAUUGACUUUGUAUAACAAAGGAAAACGAAGUAAAGAUACGGAAGUUGCAGAGGUAUCUAUAGAAUUAUCAAAUCUAUUGAAUGGAGAAGAAAUGGAAGAAUGGUAUCCUCUUUCUGGUAUUACUCCAAUCGGAGAAUGGGGAGCAUUACGUUUACGCAUACGAUAUCGCCAUGACUUGGCUAUGCCUCCUGAAGAGUAUAGCCCACUGCAACAAUUAUUAUUAGAUCCAGAAUUACAUGUUGUUCGAGCUCUAGCUGACGUUUGUCAUUCAGACAGAGUACCGUUGGCCAGUAGUCUUCUUAAAAUAUUUAGAUACGAACGUAAAGAAGCAGAUUUACUGCGUUCAUUAAAUCAAGCAGAAGUUGAUAAGGAAGAUGAAACCCCAACUUUAUUUCGAGCGGCAAGCUUAACGACAACAUUGAUGGAUCUUUAUAUGAAAUCAAUCUGUACAUCGUUUUUAAAAGCUGCAUUACGUGAUACUAUUAUUAAAUUAAUCGAAAGUAAGCAAAGCUGUGAAUUAAAUCCCAAUAAAAUGGAUUCGCCAGAAGACGCUUGCAGUAAUGCUGAAUUUUUGUUACAAGUUUUAGAUGAAGUAACUUUGAGUAUAUUCACGAGUCCAGAUGCAUGUCCUAAAGCAUUGAGAUAUAUUUGCGGUUGUUUGCAAAGAGCAGUCGUAGCUAAAUGGCCUCACGAAAGACUUGUUAGAACAAGAGUUGUCAGUGGGUUUAUAUUUUUACGUUUACUGUGCCCAGCUAUUCUGAAUCCUAGAUCAUUUAAUUUAUUAUCUGAGUCACCUCCACCAGCAGCUACGAGAUCCCUAGUAAUGGUGGCUAAAUGUUUGCAAAAUUUGGCUAACUUGGUUGAAUUUGGAGGAAAAGAACCAUACAUGGAAGUCGUUAAUCCUUUUAUCUUGAAAAACAAAGAAAGAAUGGUCGUUUUUCUUGACCAAUUGUCCAGUGUGACCGAAAAGCCAGAAUCAGAGAGCAUUGAAUUUCGAAGUAAAAACAUUCCUGACACUGCUAGAGAUCUGGCUACAUUGCAUCAUAUAUGUGUUUCUCAUUUGCGUGAACUUCAACUACUUUCAAAAACUCAGGUAAAUAAAUAAAUUACACAGCGUUUAAAGCAUUUAAACUUAAAUUUAUCUAUCAAAAAAGUUUCCGAAAGAUA